CCCACCUGCAGAUAACCGUCAUGGUGGCUCCCAGUCUCAGUCCACCUGUCCUGCAGGUAUGAACGUGAUGACAUCAGUGAUGGGUGGCGCACGCAGGCUCGUCCAUUCGGACCUGCCUCUUCUCAGAAACUUCCUGACUCCGCCCCUCCGCCUCAGACUUGUUCGGAGCUCCGCCCCCCUGCUCAACUGUCCUCUGAACAGGACGUUUGCCUCUGAAGGAUUCAAGGAUGAACAGGUCCAAGGUCAGAAGAAUUACCAGAAGAUGCAGGGACUGAAGGUCAAGGACAAUCAGAAAGUGGAGGUGAACAUCAGAGAGGGGAUGACAGUCGCAGAGCUCACUGCAGCUAUGAACAAAGACUUCGACCACAUUGUGGAGCUUCUGCUCAACACCUCAGUGGACCUGGACUCUCUACAUCCAAACUCGGUUCUGGAGGAGAAGUGGAUCAAGGAGGUGGUGACCCGGUCAGGAAUGCAAUUCACAUGGGCCAAACUGAGCAAGAAAAAGGAGCGACCCAACAAAGACGCCCAUCCGAGGCCGCCGGCAGAUCCGUCGCUCCUGGUGAGACGCCCCCCGGUGGUGACCAUCAUGGGUCACGUGGACCACGGGAAGACCACCCUGCUGGACGCUCUGAGGUCGACUCAGACUGUUUCUAUGGAGGCCGGAGGGAUCACGCAGCACAUUGGCGCCUUCCGGGUUCAGUUGCCUACAGGUGAGAACAUCACCUUCCUGGACACACCUGGUCAUGCUGCCUUCUCCUCCAUGAGAGCCCGUGGAGCCAACGCCACUGACAUCAUCAUCCUGGUGGUGGCGGCCGACGACGGCGUCAUGAACCAGACCGUCGAGUCCAUCCAACACGCCAAGACAGCCAAAGUUCCCAUCAUCGUGGCAGUGAAUAAGUGUGACAAGCCUCAGGCCGACCCUCAGAUGGUCAAACGGGAGCUGCUGGCCCACGACGUGGUCUGUGAGGACUAUGGAGGAGAUGUCCAGGCCAUCCAUAUCUCCGCUCUGAAGGGCGACAACCUACUGCCUCUGGUUGAGGCCACGGUGGCGCUUGCUGAGGUUCUGGAGCUGAAGGCGGACCCCACUGGUCCUGUAGAGGGGCUGAUCAUCGAGAGCAGUACCCGUAAAGGCGAAGGACCCAUCACCACGACCAUCGUCCAGCGGGGGGUUCUGAAGAAAGGCUGUGUUCUGGUUGCGGGGAAGUCAUGGGCCAAAGUCCGCUUCCUGUAUGAUGAGAACGAGCAGGUGGUGAAGGAGGCGGGACCAAGCGCUGCCGUCCAGGUGGUGGGCUGGAAGGAGCUGCCAUCUGCUGGAGACACAAUACUGGAGGUGGAGUCCGUGCAGCGAGCAAAGGAGGUGGUGGAGUGGAGGACUUACCAGGUGGAGCAGCAGAAACUCCUGGAGGAGAAGAUCGCCAUAGAGCAGAAACUACAGCUGCACCUGGAUGAGUAUCGUCAGAAGAGGGAAGCGCUAGCUCACUUGAGCUGGCGGAAAAGGAAGUUGGUUCUGUACCAGGCCUUCCGGACCCAGCAAAACACGAAAGUGAGCAAGAAGACGCAGAGCGAGCAGCGCAGCCUGUCCAUCAUCCUCAAAGGUGACGUGGACGGCUCGGUGGAGACGCUCCUGGACAUCCUGGACACCUACGACGGGCAGCAGCAGUGCCAGCUGGAGCUGGUCCACUUUGGUAUCGGAGAUGUGACCGAGAACGACAUCAACAUGGCAGAAAUGUUCGGAGCUUCCAUCUACGGCUUCAAUGUGGUGGCGAGUCGAGCGAUGCAGCAACGUGCGGCGAACAGCGGCGUCCCAAUGCAUUUCCACACCGUCAUCUACAAGUUGAUGGAGCAGCUGAAAGAGGACCUGAGCAGCCAGCUGCCGCCACUCAUCUCACACAACAUCCAGGGUGAGGCCACGGUUCUGGCCACGUUCCAGGUCUCCGUGGGGAAGAAGAAGGUUCUUGUGGCCGGCUGCCGGGUUCAGAAGGGCCAGCUGGAUCGGCGCCACAAGUUCAAGCUAGUCCGUGGACAGGACACCGUGUGGGAGGGUUCUCUGUCGGCACUGAAGCACCUCAAGGACGACGUUCAGUCGGUGAAGACGGGGAUGGAUUGCGGUCUGUCAGCAGACAGAGAUGUGGACUUCAGAACCGGUGACAUCAUUGUGUGUUUUGAAGAAGUGGAGGUUCCUCAGACUACGUCCUGGGACCCUGGGUUCUGAGGUUCUGUCUUAAACUGAAUUAGAACCCAUUUUUUUGUUUCAACAUUUAUUUAACAAACAUUUAAUAAAAGAACAUUGGUUGAAAACUUUCUUGAAUAUGACAGACAGGAGGUUCUGCAGCAGGAGUCUCAGGAAUUCCUGCCCCUCU